AUGAUCUAUUUUAUAGCCUUGCUCAGCUUUGCAAGCAGUCAAAUAACUAUUCCUAUCGAAAGGCUUUCAGCAGAUGGCCCAGCACUUCCAGAAAAUUCUUUUCAGCCCUCCUUAGAAGCAGAUGUUAUUAAAAUGAAGGCAAGUGAGCAGCUGGUUAACUACGAAAAUGUAUCAUCUAUAUAGACUUAUUAUACAGGCACUGUUCUAAUCGGCACUCCAUCACAGACUUUUACUUUAUUAUUCGAUACUGGCAGUUCUGUAACUUUCUAUAUAGUGGCUUUGGGUCCCAGCAGCCAAAUGCACAUUUUGCCCAUCAACCACAAAGCAUACCUAUAAUUACAAAAAUUCCAUCACUUUUACGGAUCUCAAUGAAACAAUCGAGCAGCAAUAUAAUAUGGAGAACAAUAACACCUAUACAAUUAAAGGGGAAUUGUUUACAGAAACAGUAGUUUUAGGCUCUACCAACCCAAGAGCGGUAAAAGACCAAGUUUUUGUGGUUGUUGAUAAAUAUGAUGAUUUCCCUGGGACUCAUUAUGAUGGGAUUUUAGGACUAGGGCCAAGCGGAGAUGCCAAUGGAAAUCCAUCAGUGGUAGAAACUUUAUAUAAUCAAGGCAACAUUGAUGAACCUUUGUUUUCUCUUUAUCUCAAUGAUAAUGGCUUCCGUAAAGAUGAUGACCAGAACAUAAAAUCUGCAAUUACAUUAGGAUAUUACGAUCUUGAUAAAUACGGAACAAGUGAGCCUGUGUCUCUUAAAUGGUUCAAUGUUGUGGAGACUUCAAACUCCUGGGAACUUAAUUUGACCUCAAUUUAUGUGGCAGACUCCAAAGUUGAUUUAAUUACACCUACUAUUAAAUUCGAGUCAAGGACAAGCAUGCUUAUAGGGCCGAGGAAAGGAAUUGAGACUCUUUUCGAAAGAUUUAGGACCCAGUGGGGAUGUGCUAAAUAUCAUACCAAAAUGGCUUGUGACUGCUCAAAUGUAUACAAUAUAGUGGAUUGGCCUGAAAUCAUCAUCAAGCUAGAGGGUGGGGAAGAGUUUACGUUAACAGAAAAAGAAUAUUUCAAAAGAGAAAGCAGAGUUUGCUUCUUGCAAGUCCAAGCUGCUGAUAUUGAUUACUGGAUCGUUGGAGAUGUCUUUUUCAGGAAAUAUUACACGAUUUAUGACUACCAGGAAAGAAGAAUUGGCAUUAUUGAUUCCAAGAGCUCAAGAACUGCAUCGAACUUGGCCAGCAACUGGUGGAUCAUCCCCACGAUUCUAGCUGCUUUGUCUGGAUCUAUUGGACUAGGCUAUUUAGUGUGGAAGACAUAUGGGAAAGAAGCAGGAUAUCAGCAAUUGCCUAGAUAA